AUGGCGGGCUCUGAAGAAGCUCCUGUCCCUGCAGCCAAGCGUCCGCACUCCGCUGUUGAUGGCGACGACAAUGGCGACGAUUCCUCCUCCGAUGAUGACUUCGGCCCUGCGCUGCCCUCUGAGGCCGCACCCAAGAAGAAGCGCCGCAAGCUUCCCUUCGAGAAGAUUUACGUCAAGGCGCUACCCGCCUCGCCUCGCUACUCCAAGUCCCUCAUGCACAAGGAGCAAUUGUCUUUUGUGACAGUCACUCCGGUGACCGACUUUGUUAUUACCAGCUCUAUUGAUGGAGUCGUCAAGUUUUGGAAAAAGAUGGCCGAGGGCAUCGAGUUUGUCAAGGAGUUUCGCGCCCAUCCGGGCGAGAUUCAUAGCACUAGCGUUAGUGCAGAUGGCCGCAGCUUUGCGACAGUGGGAGCGGAUAAGACAGUGAAGAUCUUCGAUGUCAUCACUUUUGAUUUACUCGCCAUGUAUACCUUGGAUUUCGUGCCCCGUUGUGUUUGCUGGGUGCAUCGCCGAGGGGCAUCUUUACCGCUACUGGCAGUGACCGAUCAGUCCAGUAACAUCAUUCAAGUCUUUGACGGGCGAGGGGAGAACCCCGAGCCCUUGCAUACGGUAAAGUCGGUCCACCGAAGCCCCGUGGUCUCGUUGGCAUUCAACAAUGCGUAUGACUGUGUCAUCUCCGCCGACGAGUCUGGGAUGAUUGAAUACUGGAGAGCUGGGGAUGGCUCCUUUGAAAAACCCGACAAUGUGUUCGAACUCAAAUCAUCGACCAAUCUAUUCGCUUUCAAAAAGGCCAAAUCGACCGCUACGGCCAUUACUAUCUCGCCCUCAGGGGAACAGUUUGCCACGGUAUCUUUUCCAGAUCGUCAGGUGCGCGUGUUCGAAUUUGCAACGGGCAAGUUGUAUCGCACAUACGAUGAAUCUAUAGGCACGCUCAUGGAGAUGCAGCAGGCUGGGACGGCCCCGUACCAGCUGGACGAAUUGGAAUUUGGACGGCGACUGGGAGUUGAGCGGGAGCUAGAGGGUGAGUCGAUACGCAACAAGGUCAACGUCUCCUUUGACGAGUCUGGUCACUUCCUGCUUUAUGGAUCUCUCUACGGCACCAAGUGCAUCAACACCUACACGAAUCGUGUGGUGCGUGUGUACGGUCGUGAUGAGCCGUUCCGUGCCCUGAACCUCGCCCUCUACCAGGGUCAGCCUCAACGCAAAGGCGUUGUGACUGUCUCCAUGGCUGCCAGCAGUAAUCCCUUGCUGCAGGAAGCGGAAGAACGGGAUGCCAUUUUGAUUAGCACUGGUUUCGGCAAGGUGCGCUUCUACAUGUUUACCAACGAGACCGACGUAUCCAAGUCGUCACGAGACGUUCAGAAUGAGAAGCCCACCCAGGCUGCUGCUGGGGCUGAUGCCGGGACUACCAAGGCCAGCGAAAGUGGGACUGCCGCCGUUCUCCACACGACCAUGGGAGAUAUUCAUCUGCGUCUCUUCCCGUCCGCUGCCCCCCGAACAGUGGAAAACUUUGUCACCCACGCUCGGCAAGGAUACUACAACAACACUAUCUUCCACCGUGUUAUUCGCAAAUUCAUGAUUCAAGGUGGUGAUCCGCAGGGUGAUGGAACCGGUGGAGAGUCCAUCUGGGGGGGGAGUUCGCGGAUGAAUUUUCUACCCUGCUUUUUUAUCACGACCGAGAAAACACCUUGGUUGGACAACAAGCACACCGUCUUCGGCCGGGCUGUGCAGGGGUUGGACGUGGUACACAAGAUUGAAAAUGUCAAGACCUAUAAGGAGAAGCCAGAGGUUGAUGUGAAGAUUGUAAGCAUCAGCAUCUCCUGA